AUGAACCCAAAAUUUGCUUCUUUAAUUGCUUUAGGCUCUGCCAUUUCCGUUGCUUCUGCUACUACUUUAUAUGAAGUUGCCGAAGUUGAAGGUUUAUUAGAAGACGUCAGCAACAAUUUGAGUGAUUACGUGAGCUUAAUCACAAGUGGUAAGCUUUCUUUCACUGACUUACCAACUGGUGUUUUGGAAAUUGCUCUUGCCUAUAUGGAAGGCGAAAACUGGAGCACCUACUUAACUGACGUUGACUGGUCUGCUGUCAACUCCAUGUUGACCGAAUUGAGCUGGUACUCUACUAGACUUGAACCUGAAAUUGCUUCUAUCUAUUCUGAAGAACUUGCAACCGCUACAAGUACUUUAUUAUAA